AUGAAACUUCUGAACACACCAAAUCAUGCAUCUGCAUUCAAGACACAUCUAGAGCUGUGCAUUAGAAUGAAUACUGAAUUUCUGUUAAAAUCUUCGUCAAAAGAUGCACAAGUUGAUAACCAGGUUGAAGGCAAUAAUAUUGCCAGUACUGGCACACAAUCCACAGAUGUAGAUCUUGAUAUUCAAGCUGAUCAAGCUGAUCAAGGUGUAAAGGAUAAUAUUCUGAAUAAUUUGCCCCCCUAUGGUACUGAGAAUGCUCAUAUCCUCCAGAUUGGAGUUGAUUCACCAAGUUAUGGUGCUGCUAUUGACGAUGAGAGUGAUAAUGUUGAUACUGAGAAUGCUCAUAUCCUCCAGAGUGGAGUUGAUUCACCAAGUCAUGGUGCUGCUAUUGAUGAUGAGAGUGAUGAUGCUGAUAGCAUCCAGGAUAAUGAUCAAAGUGCUGGAGAGCAGGGUACAUUAACAUUCCCAGACUUGGAGUAUGAUAUUCUGGAUGAUUCACCCAGCCAUAAUGCUGCUGUUGAUGAUGAGAGUGAUGAUACUGAUAGCAACCAGGAUGAUCCAGCCAGCUAUGGUGCUGAUGCUGAUUUGGAUGAUGAGAAUCCUCAUAUACUCCACAUUAAUAGUACUGUUGCCUAUCCUCCUGUUCAAAGGGACCUGCAAGCCAAACUCUUAGAUGGAUGCAAGUGUCCAGUUGUUCCCCCAUCCUCUGUUUCAGAGCCAAGCAGCCUAACAGAUUUAGAGAUACACAGCCUCAAACACUACAUUGCAUGGAAGAAGUCGAAUGGUACUGUCAAGGCAUAUGAACUGCAUGCACAGGUAUUACAACAAGCUACUCAGUUAGACAUAUUGUCACUAUAUGCUGUUCGCAAACUGGCCGGAUCUCUGGCCAAGGUUGAGCCUGUAAAGAUUGAUAUGUGCCCAAGGAGCUGUAUUGCAUAUGACAAAACCGGAUAA